AUGGUCACCGCAUUAAAAGGGUACGGUUUUCUUCAGUUUUAUUCUGAUUAUUCUCUUUUCACAUACUCAAAAGAUGCCAUUCAUAUUAAUGUUCUCGUUUAUGUUGAUGAUCUUGUUAAUUCUGGAAAUAAUUCCGUCACUCUCCGUACUUUCAAAUCUUAUCUGGGUGAUUGUUUUAAGAUGAAAUAUCUUGGCUCUCUGAAAUAUUUUCUGGGUUUGGAAGUUGGCCGAUCUUCUUCGGGAAUUUUCUUGUGCCAACGAAAAUAUACUUUGGAUAUAAUUUCGGAAGUAGGAUUGUUAGGUUCCAAACUUAGUCUUACUCCUGUUGAACAAAAUCAUAAACUUGCACUAUCUACGGGUGAGUUACUUUGGGAUCCUGAGGCACAUCGCAGGUUGGUUGGCCAUUUGUUGUAUCUUGCGGUAAGUAGGCCAGAUUUGGCUUAUUCGGUAGUUCAUGCACGAACCGCGCACGGAUCAUUGCGAUGCUGCGUUGUUCGUGUAACCCGAGUCUAG